AUGUCUUCUAUUUCUGUUGUUGAUAUGGAUUUGGUUCUUUCCUCAGUCAAUCUGAGGAAGCUUGUAAGCCGGUGCAUUCCGAAGGAGCUCAUCCCAACCAAUUGGAAAUGCAAGAAGGGCUACAUCUACUGGGACCUCAAGGAUCUUCUAAAACUGGCCGAGACCCAAUUAGGAAUGUUUGAGUCCGAUCAGGCUCUACUCGAAGCCCUCCUCAACUUCUUGAGAGUCCCCGGUUGUCCCAAUCUUCUGCAAUUCAACAUCGAUGAUUCUCUCAUGGCGCUGCCCGAGUAUCACAUGAGCCUCAAAGGAUCCGCCUUUAUUUACAAAUCGGACAUCUACGCUUUAACGUCUGCCAUCCCAUGUCCAUUCAUUGAUUGGAGACGUGUGGUGGUUCAAUCCGCAUUGAAUAAGUUCCGGAGAAAUAUGGAAAUUGUUACGUUUGGUUGCGAGAUGGUGGACUCUUCAAACGAUAUUCUUGAGAAGUUGGCUGAGCAAUUCGAUGGAAACUGUUGGGACGCUUCUCCUUGCUCGGAUUACGACACAAAAACAGAUUUCAAACACGCGGCAGCAGGCUUCAACAUUGCAGCACAAACCGCCGAAGAUAUGUAUGAGGUCGUGGAGAGAUACAUGGAGACGUUUCCGUUGGAAGAGAACAAGGCUGACUAUGGCCAUAUGUUUACGUGGAUCAUAUCUGCUGUCAGAUUCUUCUUGAAUUUCGUCGAGAAAAAUUUCCCAGUCACUGAAAAAGCAACCGUUCGACUAUUUGUCACUGGAAAGGAAAAUUAUGUGAUGGCCCAUGAACUGCUCCAAUCUCUGAAAAACAAGAAUUUGGAUGUGUCUGGAUUUGAAGAAGAGAUUCAGAGGAUGCCAGCACUGUCGACGCUUGAAUUCCGUGACGUUGCAAGAAAAGUGAAGAUUCAGGAUAUGAAGAAUACCGAGUUCAUCCGAAUCCAAAGCUCUACUCCAAGCCUAACAGCCAUCCCGAUUCCUUCCCCAGAUGGUGGCUACUGUGUUCGCGCCAGUGAUGCUCUUCAUGAACUUCUUGUCGAUAUGCUCCUUGCCAAAAAAGUGCUCCAGACCGUUGAAUCAGAAGCACAACUGGAGCAUUUGGAAAAGUACUUUGUUUCUGUUCAAAACUAUUUUGAUUCUGAUCGAGGAGUUUUCUUCAUCAGCCUGAACGAGCUGAAUGUAAUUAAAUCAAAGUGGGAGGAAUGUUAUGAAGCCAAUUUAAAGAAUUCCAAACAAGCUGAAAGUGUUAGAGCUGUCGGAAACGAAGGGUUCUCGUUGGAGGAUUUGGAAAAGGAACUAAAGUAUCUGGACCUGGAUAAAGUGUUCCCUGACAUCUACACAGUUGCCGAAUGGUCUUAUGAAUCUGUUCUCGACGUUAAACCUAAGGAAUCUCUCAACCAAACUGAUAUGACAUAUAUGAUCUACCAGUGCCAAGUAGCAUUUUUCCUCUACGGAUUUCCCUUCCUCUACAGAUUCCUGCACAGUCAAAAGAUUUGUACCAAAUGGGUAUCAUUUUUGGAUUGUCUGUUCUGCAAGAACGGUCAUGCGGAAUUGCCAAAAAGUUCGAAAAGAGUUCGGGAGGAAAAUCCAUCGGAAGAAGCUGAAUCUGAAGUUCCACGAAAGAAGAAACGAUCAAAGAAAGCGAAGAAGGCCAAGGAGACGGAGUCUUCAGAUCCGGAACCCACCUCCAGUCAUAAACUCGGGAGUCUAGAAGCCAAAGAAUCUCAAGCUUGCCCGAAAUGCUUUCGUGCGAGCCAUUUUGCUGAUGUUGCAAAUGAGAAGCUCAGAUUGUCUAAAGUCGAGUGCAAACAUCUGAAGAAGGACUUGGCAAAUGCAGAAUUAGAAGUCGAAGUUCUCAAACAGAAAGUGGCGGAUAAGGAUGAAAGAAUCAGAAUGCUAGAGGAACUACUGAAAUCUAAGGAUGAUAUCAUUGAGAAGCAAAACAUGGAUCUUCUGAAAAAUCAAGACACAAUCAUGAAUCUUGAGAUGGAAGUGGACUCCAAGGAUAAUAUUAUCGAAGAUCUCAAAAUAUCUCUUGCGGAGAAGGACCAAUCAUCGGAAGUCACAACCUUGGAGCCAACCAGAGGCGACGAGGAGACGGAGAAAGUCAGAGAUGUGCUCUUCAAACUUCUCGAGAUCCAAGCAACUCUUCAGAGUGGAAAUCCAAUCGGAAAAUGUAGAGAACUUGCUCAUCGAAUUUAUACGAAGGCUCAAAACAAAGAAAUCAAAGAUGCUACAGUAGUUGAAGCUGCCAGGUUUUGCAAGGCGGCUAAAAUUUACAGUCUAGCAGUUAACACGCAGCUAGAGAUGAUUCGUGGAAGCCAACUAGUCAAACCAGAUGAGAUUCCAGACCUUCCAAACUUCCCUGUUCUCUCCCAGGGAUUCUUGAAGGCUUACGAGGACAUCUACAAGUCUGAAGCUCCAAAAAUCUGCCAUUCCCUUCUGAAGACCCCGGAAGUCAGACCAGGAGAGCUCGCCGACACCGACUGUUUGAUCUGCAUUGAGGAAAUGGAUUCGGAGGAAGGAACCAUCAAAUGCGAGUGCUGUAAAAGAAGAUACCACGUGGAAUGUGCCAAGGAAUGGUUCAAAAUGAAGAGGACGUGCCCUGCAUGCAGUUCAGUGCUUCUGGAUGGAUCCGAGUUUCCACCAUUGGGAUAA